UGCAACUUCCUGUUUUCCGUCUGUCUGUAGGUCGCCCAAGCCGGCGGCAUUGUUUAUGUUGUAAAUCGUAUUUUAAGCCAUUUAAUAUACAUUUUCCAAGCUCAAAAAUGGAAGCUGGAAAGAGGAAAGCUCAGGACAUGGCCGUAGUUGCCAUGAAGAGACCGAGAAAUGAACUGGUGUAUAUGGAAAAUAAAGAAAAUGGUGCCGUAGUACAGUCAAGUGGUCCUCCCAGAACAUCCAAUCUCUUGGCACCCAUCAUGCUGCUAUCUGGUCACGAGGGAGAGAUCUUCACCUCAAAGUUUUCCCCAGAUGGGACUAUGCUGGCCUCAGCAGGAUUUGACAGACUGAUAUACUUUUGGAAUGUGUAUGGGGAAUGUGAAAACUUUGCAGUGUUAAAGGGGCAUUCUGGAGCAGUGAUGGAGCUGAACUUUUCUACAGAUGGAAGCCAACUUGUCACCUGUGCUACCGACAAAACUAUUGCAUUAUGGGAUAUUGAAGUUGGCGGGAGGAUAAAGCGGUUAAAAGGACACACGUCUUUUGUCAACAGCUGUAACUUAGCGAGGAGAGGACCGCAGUUGAUAUGCAGUGGCAGUGAUGAUGGCUCUAUUAAGUUAUGGGACAGCAGGAAGAAGCACGCCAUCCAGACAUUCCAGAACACAUACCAGGUGACCUCACUGACCUUCAAUGACACGGCAGAGCAGGUCAUAUCUGGCGGAAUAGAUAAUGAACUGAAGGUGUGGGAUCUCAGAAAGAAUGACAUCCUGUACAAGAUGCGUGGUCACACGGACACAGUGACCGGUAUGGAGCUGUCCCCCGAGGGGUCAUACUUGCUGACCACCGCCAUGGACAAUACAGUCAGGGUGUGGGACGUCAGGCCCUUCGCACCCCAGGAAAGAUGUGUCAAAAUAUUCACUGGGAAUCAGCAUACGUUUGAGAAGAAUCUCCUGCGCUGUUCCUGGUCACCAGAUGGCAGUAAAGUCUCAGCAGGCUCAGGAGACAGGUUUGUCUAUGUGUGGGACACGACAACGCGGCGAAUAUUGUACAAACUUCCAGGUCACGCAGGCUCCGUCAAUGAGGUGGACUUUCAUCCUACAGAACCCAUAGUGCUAUCAUGUUCAAGUGAUAAAAAUAUAUACCUGGGAGAAAUUGAAUGAUAUUUGCCAUCAUGAAGGAAGGCAAGGAAGGGACAUGGCCAUGGGCGAUAUGGAGUUGAGUCAGUGAAAAUAACUGAAAAUUGGGCAGUGGAGACAUUUGUCUAAGAUAGAUAUUAUGGUGAACAAUUGAAGUUCACUGUAGAAUAGCUACCAUGGUAGAUGCUCUGAAUUGUUUUUAUGGGAAAGGAGGCUUUAGAACCUGCAACAAAAAUGACUUCGGAAUGUGUACAGAAAUGGUCAGAAUUUUACUGGAUGGCUUCAGUUAUUCUGAAAUUUGUCUUAGGGCCAGCGUUAAAGUUACAGACUGGUUAACUGACAAAUGUAAAACUACAGAGUUAACACAGAAUGGUUAAGUCAAGGAAAAUCAAAAUCGUACUCAUUUUUAAAUUUUUUGUUUAUGAUCAAGCAUCUUGACCUACCUGGAGGAAAGAGGGUUUUUGCUCCAUGUCAAAGUUUUGCAGUUUUAAGAUAUUACCAUUUUGUGAACUUGUAAAAAGAGACAAUGCAAAAGCCUGCAUUGUAAAACAGAUUUCAGCAAUUACUUAUAAGAUGAAAAAUGUAUAAAGAAUUAUGUACAAAUCUCUUUGAGAUGAGAGUUUUAUAUUGUAAAAUAUACCAAAUCAAUAUACCAGAAAGAGUAUU